GAGCCAAUAAUUGGGGUGUUUUACACGUGUCGCUACCGUACUGACCCAUUAUUUGCCCAUUCCCGUUUCCAUUUUCUCACUUCGCCUUUGCAAAAUUCUCCACCAAUUUUAUUGUCCGUCGUCUCAAUUUUGUGAAGCUCCUCCACCGCUGUUCGACGUCGUUCCUCGUUUCCCGAGUUAGGGGGAUCUCUCUCGCUCUUUUUCUCAACUGGUCUGACUGUUUGAGAGAGACCCCUUUUUUCCGAGCUUGCAAAUUUCCCCCAAAUUCGCGGAUAAUUGUUUCCUCUUUUCUCAUUCCUUCAUGCUAGAUUGAUUACAUGGCAGAUAUUCGGGAGCCAAUUCUGGCAAAAGAUGGGCCUUCAACUUACCAGCACCCACUAUGCAGGCUUAAGCGCUCGCAGUGGUGGAUCUUGGUUGUUUUGAACAUAAUUUUUCUCAUUGUUGGGCAAGCUGCUGCUGUCCUUCUGGGAUGGUUUUAUUAUAACAAAGGUGGAAAUAGUAAAUGGAUGGCCACUUUAGUCCAGUCAGCUGGUUUUCCCAUCCUUCUUGUCCCAUACUUUUUCCUUCACCCCUCAGAUGAAUCCCAUGGAUUACCAACCCCUCCUAUUCUCACUCUAUCUGCAAUCUAUUCCAUUACUGGGGCCCUCGUUGCUGGCGAUAACAUGUUGUAUUCUAUUGCACUAUUAUACCUAUCUGCUUCUACUUAUUCUCUCAUUUGCGCCACACAGUUGGCAUUUAAUGCAAUUUUCUCUUUCUUCAUCAAUGGUCAAAAAUUCACUGCCUUAAUCCUUAACUCUGUCAUUAUUCUUUCAUUGUCUGCUGCUCUGCUUGCUCUCAACGAUGACUCAGAUAAACCUUCAGGUAUCUCUAGUGGGAAAUAUAUUAUCGGAAUUCUUACUGCCAUUGCAGCUUCUGCUCUCUACUCUCUUUUGCUGUCGCUCAUGCAGCUGACAUUCGAGAAGGUCUUAAAGAAGGAAACUUUCUCUGUUGUUCUUGAAUUGCAAAUUUACAUAGCAGUAGUGGCAACUUGCGUUGCGAUUGUUGGUCUUUUCGCAAGUGGAGAAUGGAGGACUCUAAGGGGUGAAAUGAAUAAUUUUACCUCUGGAGAACUUUCUUACGUGAUGACUCUGGUGUGGACAGCAGUUGCCUGGCAAGUUUGUUCUGUCGGCGUGGCAGGUUUGAUAUUUGUGGUGUCUUCUCUUUUCUCCAACGUCAUCAGCACCCUUUCACUGGCCGUUACCCCUAUUGCUUCUUUGAUAAUCUUCCACGACAAGAUGAAUGGGGUGAAGAUUAUUGCUAUGCUGUUGGCGUUUUGCGGCUUUGCUAAUUACAUAUAUCAGAACUACCUUGAUGAUCUUAAGACAAGGAAGAACGAAAGUGACGAUGAUUGAUAACGAAUUAUUUAUGGGAUAUUACACCAAUAGAUUUACGGACAAAACUCAUCUUCACAGCUUUGGAUCAUUCAGUCUAUUCCCAUUGCAGGAGAUGCCAUUUGUUCAACUUAACUCAUUUGGUGAUAGUUGUCAUUAGAUCGGUGUGCAAAUGUUGUAAGUCAGAUAGCCAUGUACAAACAUAUAUAUUCAUACAAGAAAAACCUCUCUCUCCUCUCUAGUUGUAUGUUGUUGUAUUAGAACAAGUGCGCUUUGUCUAUGUCCAGACAUUUUCGUAAGAACAUGUAGGAAUGAAUGGGAAUUUCAAUA